AACCAAGACCGAGACCAUUUUACGUUUCCAAGUAAACAGAGACGGACGAGACAUGACCUUCCCACGUCAGCCCAGCAGCCCCUAGCACCGCUCCAGCACCACAGCACAGGCGGCCGCGAGCACCCGCACCGCUGGGGCCAGACGUUGUGGUUGCAUGGCCCACCCAGGCCUCUGAAACACUCAAGAAGAUGGCGAACUUAAGCCCCGAGGAUUUUGCAAGACUUCAGAAUCAGUUGUUGGAGUUAAGGGAAAAGAACUACACCCUUGAAGAUGCUCUUCGCAAGAAUAAAAAAGAGUUAGCAGAAGCAAAAGCACGCCUUCAUGCUCUAGAGGAGGAGAAUGGCCGCUACCAAUCCCUGAUCAGAACCUCAAAGAAAGCAGGUGAGGUGGAGCUCCUUAUCAGGGACAAUGGUUACCUGCGCAACAAGCUCAAAGAUCAAGAAGAAGACUUCAGGCUUCAGAACAACACUCUACUCAAGGAGCUCACAAAGGCAGUUGGAGAGAAUGAGCGAUAUGAGAGGCAAAUGGAAGUCCUAUGCGGGAAGCAGAGCUGUGAGUUGAUGGCUGAGGGUGACCAUGGCUCCACGGAUGAUUCUAAAGAGGUGAUCCGCCUACGUGGAGAACUGAAAGAAGUGGGGAACAAGCUGUUUGAAGCAGAGACACAAAUAGAAGCUGAGAAGGAAGUCCACAAUGAAAAAAUUGCAGCCUUAAACUUACAAGUGACUCAGUUGACCCACAUUCUCCAGACUCACUCCAUACCUCUAGAUGAAGGUGAAAUUAAUUUGGGAAAAGGUGGUGGAGUAAGCUUCAAGAGACUUACUUUACAAGAUGAUGAUGGCCUUGAGACAGACCUGGCAAGAACAAAUGAUGCACAUUUUCAGUCCCACAAUAAACCCAGUCAGUUGCAGCUUGAACAGGAGAGGAUCCAGAAGGAGUUAAGGGAGGAGAAAGAACACACGGCCACCCUCAGGUCAGAAAAAGAAAGACUUGAGGAGUGUUUGAAGAGUACUAAAUCGAGACUAUCAGAUGCACUGGAAGAGGCAGAAAAAAAAAAACAAGAAACUCAGAAGCAGAAUGAGGAGACUGAGAGGAGACUCAAGGAGGUAGAAGAUCAAUGCAGAAGUGACUUGGAAAAUAUGAAAAUAUCCUUGGCACAAACAAACAACAGUUUGGCAAUAUCUGAAUCAAGUUUGGCUGAAAAAUCAAAACAGCAUGAGGCUACACAACAUUCAUUGGAGCAACUUGAAAAGAAGCUUGAGACCACAGAGGAAGCAUUACAGGAGGCUCAGAAUGCAGUCUCACAGAAAGAUAAUGAAUGUGAAGCUUUAAAAGAAAGAACAGAUGCAGUAAUGAAGGACAUUGCACAUGUCAGAGAGCAGCUACAACAAAGUGAAAAUGAAAAAGAAGAAUUUCAGUGUAAAGUUAAUGAUCAGAAUUUAGAGAUAUUAUCUUUGAAAACAUCUCUUGAGGACCAGACCAAGCUUGCAGAGAGUCGCCACCACCUCAUGGAAGAAAUGAAAGUUCACAUGGAGGAAGAGAAGCAAAAACACAGUCAAGAAUUAGAAAGACUUUCAAAUCAGCACAGAGAGGAAGUACUCUCUCUCAACACUAAAAGUCAUCAGCUGAAGAAUGAGCUUGAAAAAAUAACUCAAAAGCUAAAUGAAAUGACUGACCUCAACUUGAGAGUGGAACAGAUUGAGCAAGAGAAAUCAAGGUUACAAGAAUUGAAUGAAAAGCUUUUUGGAGAUGUGGAGGCAACCCAAAAGCAGAUCCAGGAGGAAACUGACCGAGUAGCUGCAGAAAAAUGUCAGGAAAUAGAGAAGAUCAAAUGGGAAUGGCAAAAGGAAAAAAGUGAUCUGCAAACACAGCUUGAGAUUAGCAUAAUUCAGAGACAGGAGGCUGAAGAGGCUGUAGAAGCACUGAAACGAACGGUUGCGGAUGGAGAAGAGGAGCAGAGGAUCCAUGAGCGUAAAGGUGUGACUCUUAUGAAGGACCUCAAGAAACAGCUCAUGGCAGAGCGCAAGAGAGCUGAUCGUUUGCAAGAAAAACUUAGUCAGCUGCUGACUGAUCCAGCUCAACUGACAGCCAUUACAACUCUGUCUGAAGCUGGAGAUGAUGUCAGUAGUGUGUCUUCUUGGUCUCUGGUAUCUGGAGAGCCACGUGAUUCAUCAACACGAGAAAACAGCAUCAUAGCUUCGCCACAGGGUUCCCCACCACCUGGUGUCGUCAAUGAAGAGACUGUUUCCUUAGUCAACCGGCUGACUGAACUUCAGCAACAUAAGUGGCAAUUAGAGGAACGCAUCACCCACCUUGAAUCAUCCUCGGCUGCAAUGGCUGAUGACCUUCUCAAGAAAGCGGCAAUCAUCCAACAUUUCUGCAUGGAACAGAAGAACAUGGAAGUCACAGCAUCGCCGCCAACCUCUCCUUUGCACUCGGCACAUGGGGACAAACUCAGUGUUCGCCGGGUUUUAGACAUGAUGCGGGUGGGGGCAGGAGACGAGUCCCUCAAGGAGGUCAACCGAAGACUGCAAAAUCUUCUUGAGGAGACAUUGGGAAAGAAUAUGCAACUCCAUAAAGAUGUUGAGAAUCUUUCCCAGCAAGUUCAUCAGUUGUCAAAACUAGCAGCCGUCAAAACAGAAGCAGAGGUUCCAAUAGCAGAAGCAGCAACAGAUAAAGAAGCUUGAAGGUGAGAAAAUGAAAACUUAAGCAAAAGGCUGUAAAAUUAUAGGGAGAUUAAGAUAGCACAUUUUGUGUAUGUGAUAACUUAAAUUGUUAAUAUUUCUAAUAUCUUAGCUUCCAUAUAGAUUUUUAAUAAUAUAGUUUUUUUAAUAAUUUAUUCUACAUUAACUGUAUACACACACACACACACACACACACACACGACUCUGAUAGCUCAGUCGGUUAAGGUGCUGCGCUGCCAGGCUUUGUGGCAUGGCAGGCAGAGGUUCUAGCCUUGCUCAGGCCGUGUUUUUUCCACUGAUCAGGAGUAGUUACUGUUCCCCCUUGAGCAAGGGGGAUGGGGUGUAUGAUGUGUGAGGUCCUGGCAGUACCCAGAGAUUGACUAAUGAUCCUUGCUCUAAUCAGGAGGGUAUUUACUGCCAAUUGCGAGGCCAGCUCGUGAUCAGGCCAUGGUGAAAUACAUGCACACUAUACACACACACACACACACACACACACACACACACACACACACACACACACACACACACACAAACAAACAAACAAACAAACAAAAACACACACACAGGUUGUGCAAUGGUUAGGAAAUGGAGUUCUGUAGGACAAUGGUUAGUAUGCUUGCCUGACAACCAAGGUCCUGGGUCAGUUCCCUAGCAGAGUGGAGACAGAUGGGUAGUCUCCUUUAAUCCAUGCCCCCUGUCCACCCUGCAGUGAAUGGAUACCGGGUGUCGGACAGGGGUUGUGUUCUGCCUCCUGGGUGUGUGUGCGGUUUCAGCCGUACCCAAAAAUCGCAAGUCUGUCACGUGGUCAGACCAUGGUGAAUUACACACACACACACACACACCGAAUUAAUGGAAUGAGGCAGUCACAAAUGAAAGCUUAACCCUUAGGCUAUGGGUAUUUCCUUCAGCGACUCCUGUGCCAUGCUUGUUAUUUCAGUAGGCAUUAAACUCUAAAGUUAUUUUUUUCUGAGGUCAGUUAAUCCAAUGCUGUCACUCUGGUCAGGUUCAUUUUGAUCUCAUUACGUUAUUAUCCCCUCACCUUGAACUUGACUCUGAUUGAUGUUGAAAUUUUAACUCAUGCUUUAGUGUGAGCAGGAGAGGUUGAAAUGUGGGUAGGGGGUUGGAGCUGUAUGUUUCUGAAUAUUUCCAGAUACCCAAAUAUUUCCAGAUGCAAAAAAUACACUGAUGAUCAACAAAAAUGUCAGAUUUCAGCACAGUUCAGUUACGUUCAGUAGUUUCAGAGAUAAAAAUAUGUAAAAUUUGAUGUGAUGUAGUUUUUCUCAGUGGACUUCAACAUUUUCACAUGGCUUUCGGAUACCUCGACAGCUGGCAUAGGACUAACUGAUAGGAAGAGGUUACCAACUGCUGAAAUUUACCCUAAGAAUAGCAGAAGCAUUUCUGACCCAUUUUUGCUACAUUCACUGAAAUAUUCCAGUGUUAUAACUACAUCUGUGCCCAUGCCCAAGACUGCUUAUGUAUUAUAUAACUAUACUCGUAAUCUAAGGGUUAAGAAUGAAAAUAAAGACUGGAAGAGUAGAGGGACAAAAAGGAAAAACAACUACAGAAAAAACAUUACUAAAAUGGAGGAAAUCACCAGUAAUGAGGAACAAGGAUCUGUAAACCUAAGAGAGAUUUUAGAUGAUGAAAUUAAAGAAAACCAUGAAAAAGUAGAGAAGGAAAUGAUGCAGGUGCUAAAAACAAGAGAGAGAUGCAACAGGCAGGAAGUGUGAUAAUUACUCGGCUGCUGGAAAAGAGAAGAACUGAGACUGGUUAAAGAUGUUGUAUUUAUAAUCCUAAAAGGCAAUCAUGAAACCCAGGAGAAGAUUGAGGAGGUGUAUGGGCCUUUUAAGUUUAAAUUUUAGACACAAACCACUGGUAAUGACAUAAUGGUGAUAAUAUGGUAAGUAAGGAAAGGUUUAAGAAUAUUUGUAUCAGAAAAGAUGCAAAUGAGGAUAGAGCAAAAGUAAAGGAGCUAGUAAGAUAAGCCAAGGGAAAAAAACAACCAGAAAAUGGAGGAAGAAAAGAUAAAGUCCUAUUGAAGUGUUGAACCAGAGGCUGAGGAUGAGGUAUCUAUGGAGAGAGGAAAAAGUAGAAUAGUCAACAUCAUAAAAUGUCUGAAAGUGGAUGCUAACAAGGAUGAUCUUAUCUCAAAGAGGCUGGAAACAAACAAUGUUUCAUAAAGGGAAAAGAGCUUAACAUCAUGUUUCUUGUGGAAACCAAGUCAAGAGAGGAUGUCAGUGUCCAGGUUGAAGAGAGACAUCAGUGGUGGAUGUCCUCCAAAUAAAGAGGGCAUGAAAUGAAGCUGACGACUGCGACAUGACAGCCAUGACUAGACACCUACAAAAAGCUAUUGAAACUAGCGACAUCAUAUUACUGAGGGACUUAAAUUGUAAAGGAGUACGUUUGUAGGAAUGGAAUGCAGGAGUAAAUGAAGAUGUCUGACGCAGUAUACUAUAUACUUACUAUAGAAAUGAACAAUAUAAUGACACAGUGGGUCAAAGAAAAUACAAGAUAUAAAGACAAGGACAUGCCAGCAAGGCUAGAUUUAUUGCUAACUAAAAAAACAGACAUAAUUGAAUCUUUAAAAUACCUAUGCCUCAUAAGGAAAAGCAAUCUUGUCAUGUUAGAAUUCCAAACAUUAGAAGCAGAUCAAGUGCCAAGAGAAGAGUAGCACAAACACCGUAGAUACAAACAGGAAACCAGACAUUGGCAACAGCGGCACAUGUCAUCGGUGUAUCAAUAAUUUUGUAUGCAUAUUCGACCAAGCUUGCUAGAAGUGUAGUUCCUAGAUAGAUGGGAAAUUUUUGUGCCUCUGAGAACUGUUGCCAGCAUUGAAUGUGGUGCCUCACAGAUCAUUUCUCAUAUCCUGGAAGUGGGCAUGAUUACUUUUUAAUACAGCAAUGCCCUGGCAUCUAGCCUUCAGCUGUAGUAACAAAUCGGAGAGAGGAUAUAAGAUAUUUAAAUUUCCUGCAGAUCCACAGAAUUAGGCAAACAUAACAAAGCCAGCCAAUUUGUGUGGAAACAUUACAAUGAUCAUGCUUCUGCAAGAUAUGCUGUGUAUAUGUGUUGGUUUAAUAAACACCCUCACUUUAUAGUUUCUGUGGAAAUCAGUGUGAAAGAUAUAAAGCUACAAUGAUUGAAAAAAACAUUCACCUCAGGUCCACAGAGGUCCGGACAACAUUGUUGUUGAUGAAGAAAGUAAUUGCCCCCUACAGCAAUAUUAUUGAAUGUGAUCUCUCCCACAAGGCUCCGGGUAUUAUGAUAUCCUCACAAUAGAUAUUUCACUGCCUCUAAAACUGUCUCUAAAACUUGAUGCGUUAUAAGAUUUUGAAUGAAAAUUAGGUAGCUCCUACGGCGCCCCAUAUGUCUUUGUAGUACUACAGAAUUACACGACUCACUCCAAUGGUUGACAUUUUAAUUUUAUUUUAGAUCUUCAUGUGCUAGGUAUUACUCUGAUAACUGUUUCCGUCAUAAAUUACUUGUUUCUGAGCUUUAAACAACUAAUCAAGUGGCAAUAAGUUACUGUUUUAAUGGCAGUUGGUUACUGUUUUCUCAUUUGAGGGGAGUCUCCAGCUAGGAGCUCCUCCAGGUGGUGUUAUAAGUCCAUUACUGUUUAAUAUACUAAUGCAUAAGGUUGCAUGUUCUUCAUUUCCAUGGCAUACCAAUGUCAUUGAAUAUGCUGAAGACAUAUAUCUACAAUGUGAUAUUCUCUAAACCCUUAGUUUGGGCUUGAAGCAAUUAGCAAAUUGUGUUCAUAUGGGAUCGAUCGGUAGGUUGUAUUAUUUUUACAACAAUAAACAUUUAAAUUCAA